UAUGCCGUUGUAGAACUUUGUCUCCGGUGAUUUUUUCGUUGCGGGUAUUUUUUUAGUUGGUUUUUGGAAAGUUUUUGUUCCGCAUACUGAGGUUUUCUUCGGGGAAACAAGAUGAGGACGUGGGGCGCGUUGACUUAUUUAUUUUUUGUGGUGUUGUCUAUUUCUGAAGCGCAACUGCCGCCACGGUUGCAAAUUCCAGGCGCACUUCUAGUGUCUAGUGGUCCAUCACCUCAGAGACCACCUUCGGCAUUCAGACAAGCCCGCCUUCUAGAUCUGCCAACGAGUGGUCCCUCUCCACCCAGGUUGAGGCGCCCACCGCCUAACGCCGUACCUUUGCCCGUUGCUAAGGAAAUCCGUCCCGUAGUGGAGGAGCCUGAGGAACCGGUGCAUCAUGCUCAAAUAUCCAGUUUUGACGAUGAAGUCAAUAAACUUGGCAUUUCAGUAUUACAAUCAGCCGUCCGUGAAGCCGUUUCAGCUGAAGAAGAACCAGAACCAAACCCCGUACAAUUCAGACCUCAACGUCCCGUGCCCAUUCUUAGAGAGAACAUCAGGGACUCUGCUCCCGCACCACCACGUCCUGUCGCCCGACCGGCACCCGUUUUAAGAGCAGAGCAAGUCGCCAGGCCUGCCCCCGUAUUAAGAGCAGAACCGCAGCAAGUGUCCCGUGGACCUAUCUUCAGAGGUGAAGUUCCUCAGAGACAAGUUAAGCAACAACCUCUGCCAGAAUACAGAGAACCACCGCAACCAGUAAGACAACCAGUCCGUCAGCCGCAACGUACCGUAGAACAAUUCAGAGGCAAUCCCAGACCACGUCCAUCAGGUGACGAAGAUGAGGAAUACAACCGUCGUCGCAAACCGGUCGUCCAAAUUCUGCGCAAGUACCGCACCGACAACCCCGACGGCAGCAUCACUUGGGGUUUCGAGAAUGAAGACGGCACCUUCAAAGAGGAAACUCUGGGUGUCGACUGUGUCACGAGGGGCAAAUACGGUUACGUUGAUCCGGACGGAGUGAAGCGCGAGUACACGUACGAAACGGGUAUCAAGUGCGACGAACAGCCUCUGGAGGAAGAGGAGGAGGAACUGAGACCACAGCUGCAGCAAGCCAAGUUCGCGCCACAACCGAGGAAGCCUCAGCCACAAUUCAGGCCGCAGAUAGGACUGCAAUAACUCGUCUAGGUUAAGUUAUCUCGCUUGUAAAUUUAUUGUUAAUAAAUAUUAUUUAAGUUAA